AUGUUUCGACAAAUUGAAGUAGACCUUAGACAUCGCGUUUGGCAGCAGAUUCUCUGGAAGGAGUCUCCUAACGAUCCCCUUCGCACCUAUCAGCUGAGCACUGUUACUUAUGGGAUGCCUUGCAGCCCAUCUAACGCUGUUCGUGCGUUGAAACAGUGUGCGAUCGAUAACCACGGAAUAAUUACUGAUGCUUGCCGGGCAGCUGUGGCACGAAAUAGUAUCGCUCACAAUUUCUACGUAGAUGACUACUUGGAUAGCGUAGAUGAUGCAAACGAAGCAUUGACUCGCAAAUUCGAGGUAUGUGAGUGGAACUCCAACAGCGCGGAAGUCUUGAAGGCUCUUAAUGGCUUCGCGGUGUCUACCUCAGAAAUGGAUUUGGGUUAGUGUCAUACUAAGGUU